CCAAUGGCUAAAUGAUUCAGUCUCAACGCCCAGUUUUGGGGAUUAUUUCAUGGGCAAAAAUUCACAGGAUUUCCUCUCAAGGGGAUUUGUCCUGGAUGAAAACUAGGGACUGGGCCCCCAGGCUUGCUGGUGUCUCCGUGUCUGUGCUGUAGAAGCUCUCAGGAUGGACUCGUACCUGAUCCAAGUGAAUGGCCAUGGACAUCAUGCCCCUAUGCUAGAUGUUCAUCUCAAGAACACUGGGAACACCAUAUCACCAGGGAAGGUGAAGGGUCGGAAGCCAAGAUGGGCUGUAAGGGCUUCUGAAAUGUCAAAGAAGACUUUCAAUCCCAUCCGAGCCAUUGUAGACAGCAUGAAGGUGGAACCCAACCCAAAGAAAGCCAUGAUCUCCUUGUCAUUAGGAGACCCGACGGUCUUUGGAAACCUUCCCACAAAUGAUGAGGUCACACGGGCUGUGAAGGAGGUUUUGGACUCAGGACAGUACAAUGGUUAUGCUCCAUCUGUUGGCUACCAGUCCUGCCGGGAAGCUGUUGCUGCAUACUACAACUGCCCAGAGGCACCACUGAAGGCCCAGGAUGUCAUCUUAACAAGUGGCUGCAGCCAGGCCAUAGAGCUUGCCUUGGCAGUGCUGGCCAACCCAGGCCAGAACAUCCUGGUGCCACGGCCUGGCUUCUCCCUCUACAAGACUCUGGCAUUGUCUAUGGGGAUAGAGGUCAAACUCUAUAACCUCUUGCCAGAGAAGGCCUGGGAAAUUGAUUUGGAGCACUUGGAGUCUUUGGUGGAUGAGAAAACAGCUUGCCUCAUUGUGAACAACCCAUCGAACCCCUGUGGCUCUGUGUUCCGCAAGAGCCACCUCCAGGAGAUCCUGGCAGUGGCAUCAAGACAGUGUGUGCCCAUCCUGGCUGAUGAGAUCUACGGAGACAUGGUAUUUGCUGACUACAAGUAUGAACCCAUUGCAACUCUCAGCACCAAUGUGCCAAUCUUGUCCUGCGGCGGCUUGGCAAAGCGAUGGCUGGUCCCUGGCUGGCGGAUGGGCUGGAUCCUGAUUCAUGACAGAAGAGACAUCUUUGGUAAUGAGAUCAGGGACGGCCUUCUAAGACUGAGUCAAAGGAUCCUAGGACCCUGUACAAUUGUCCAAGGAGCACUGGAGCGUAUCUUGCACCGAACACCACCUGAGUUCUACCACAACACCCUAAGCAUCCUCAAGUCUAAUGCUGACCUUUGUUAUGCUGCCUUAUCAGCUAUCCCUGGCCUUCAGCCUGUCAGGCCUGCUGGAGCCAUGUACCUUAUGGUUGAGAUAGAGAUGGAGCAUUUUCCGGAGUUUGAAAAUGACGUGGAGUUCACUGAGCGACUCAUCUCGGAGCAGUCUGUGUUCUGCUUGCCAGCCACGUGCUUUGAGUACCCAAACUUCUUCCGCGUAGUGAUCACCGUGCCUGAGGAGAUGAUCUUGGAGGCCUGCAGUCGCAUUCAGGAGUUCUGUGAGAUGCACUACCAGGGUGCUGAGGGGGCCCAGGAUCUGGAGUGUGACAAGUAGCUACAGAUGGCCCCCUGCCUCUGUCAGGCUAGACCUUGUAUGAGGCAGCAGCUGGGCAGGCAAGGCUGCUUCCAGCCAGCCCCACCUCUCUCUGCCUGUAAGCAGCCACUGUCCUGCUGCUUCACUUUUUGUGGUCCACAGACUCCUCAGCAUUAUGGAAAGAAGACUCUUCUCUCUCCUCCUCCACUAGAGCUUGCACAUCCUCUUACUUCCAGUCCCCCAUGUCUCUGUAGACUCAGCAUCUGUGCCCUGUGUUGGUCUGUGUUACCUGUGAACCAGCUGCAGGCAGGGGUAGAAGGUUUGUCCGGGCUUGGGCCCUUUGUCAAAGGCCCUGUUGGCCUGUGGCUCCUGUGCUGGCCACACUUCCCCAUUGGGGACAGGAGAAGGCUGCUGUCUUGGAGGAUAAGAGAAAAGUACCCACCUUUCACUUCCCUGUGUUACUUUAGGAGGCCAGAGCUCUUUAUACCAAGCCCUUUGCGUGAUAAAGGGAGUAAGUUAUUGUAACUUUUUUAUUAAUAAAAAUUCUGACAUGGCA